CGCCCAGAACUACGUUUUAUUUUAUAUGUAGUGUUUUGGUAUAGCUGUUUUAGUAGUUGCUUAGAUUUAUAUUAUAUUUAUAUAUACAUAUUUUGUAAGUAUGUUAUAUUUAUGUAUAAAUCCAAGGCUAGUGAAGUCAUCUUUUUUUAAAUUCAAGUAUAAUUCACAUGAAGUGUUAUAUUAGUUUCAGGUGUUCAGUAUAAUGAUUCAACAAUUCUAUACAUUGCUCAGUGCUCAUCGUGAUAAGUGUCCUCUUAACCCCCUUCACCUAUUUCACCCAUCCCCCCAUCCACCUCCCUUCUGGCGACCACCAGACACUUUUCUAUUGAGAUAUAAUUGACAUUUAACACUGCAUUAGUGUUGUUGUUUUUUUUAAAGUAGGCUCCACACCCAGCGUGGAGCCCAGUGUGGGGCUUGAACUCACAACCCCCGAGAUCAAGACCUGAGCUGAGAUCCAGAGUCGGAUGCUUAACCGACUGAGCCACCUGGGUGCCCCAUGACAUUGCAUUAGUUAGUGUUAGGUGUACAACGUAAGAUUUGAUAUAUGUAUAUAUUGCAAAAUGAUCAUCACCAUAGGUUACUUAACAUCCAUACCAUACGUAGUUACAAUUUCUUUUCUUGUAGUGAGAACUUUUAAGAUCUAUUCUCUUAGCAACUUUCAAAUGUAUGCUACAAUAUUGUUAACUAUAGUCACCUUGCUCUGCUUUACAUCCCCAGGAUUUAACUAUCUCAGAACUGGAAGUUUAUACCUUUUGACCUCCUUCCCCCAUUUUGUCCACCCUUCACCCCUAGCCUCUGGCAAUCACCAAUUCUCUGUUUCUAUGAGUUUGGCUUUUUUUCCCCACACAUAAGUGAGAUCAUGUAGUAUUUGUUUUUAUCUGUCUGACUUAUUUCACCUGGCAUAAUGCCCACGUGGAGGUCCAUCCACGCGGUUGCCGAUGGCGAGAUUUCCUUCUUUUUUAUGGAAACGGCUUAAAAGGAUGGCAGCAAAGGAGGACAACUUUCUUUCUUCACAAAUCCCUUUUCUCCCUAGUCACCAGCCCUCACCACACACGUGAGAUUUUUCAAUAAUAUUAGAGUGCCUUUGUUUUCCCUGAGCACACAGCUGCGGAGGGCUGGGUUGGGGUUCAGAGCGUCCCGGUGUCAAGGACGGCUGCUCACGGCACACAGGACACGCUGUACCCCCGAACAGAGGUGUUGGUGCCCCGGAGUUACCGAAGCAGUGGCCGAAGAACACUUUCCAAUAUCAUCCCGGAAUGUGGCAGAGCAGUAAAAUUCAACUCUGGAUAGCAGUUGUUUCAAGCUGAGUUGUGGGCCCCCAAAAUAUAUAUUGAAGUGGUAAUGCCCCAGUACCUCAGAACGUGACCUGAUUUGGAAAUAGGGUCAAUGUACACAUAAUUAGUUAAGAUGACGGAAUCCAAUGUGACUGGUGUCUCCGUAAGAAGACAGCCAUGUGAGGACAUGUGACGCUGGAGACAGAGAUUGGAAUGAUGCAGCUAUAAGCCACAGACAGUCACAGAUCGCCACAUAUCCCCACGGAUCACCACGGAGCGCCAGGGACCACCAGAAGGCUGGAGGAGGCAGGGAGGGAUUCUCUCUCCAGAGAUUCAAGGCAUGGCACUAUCAACACCUUGACCUUGACUCCCAGUUCCAGAACUGCGAGCGAAUCCAUUUCUGUGGUUCGAAGCUCCCCAGUUUGUGGUACUUUGUGACAGUGGCCCCAGGGACCCAAAACCAUGCCACCUACCAUGCUUUCCCAUUCUGUUUUCGCUGCAUCCCAUCAGUUAAAAAGACUUUGCUAAGCCCUAGUUUUUAUAGUCUGUAUUUCAAGAACAACUAACUGACUUACUGAAAAUUUAGGUUGAAUUUUAAAUGCCACAUCCUCUGAGCCACACUGACCAUGCCCACUAUGGCCGCAGAAGCAACAAGAACAAAACAGCUAAGAGUUAUGAACACUUCCAGGAGACUUCCUGCAUCUCCCGGUUUAAUGCCCACACAGCCUGAUGAAGGGGGUAUGACAUUGUCCCCAUUUUACAGGUGAAGAAGCUGAGGCUUUGGGAAGUUAAGAAACUUGCCUGAGGACUCUGCAGGUGAAGUAAAUUGAAACCCUGGACAGCGUGAACACAAGGCCUGUGGUGGUAAUGGGCCUGCUUGUCCCCACCGUUCCUUCCCUUUCCCCUGCUCUGUGCAAACGUUUACCCAGCCCCUACCUUACCUGCAGGAACUCACCAUGUUAAGGUCUGGUUGGAGGUGGAUACGGGGAGCAAGGCUUCCCUGUAUGUGUAACCGAUUGUUUGUUGAUGCAGCUUGGGGUUCAAACAGCGUAAGCAGGCCAGCCUCCAGAGCGCAGCACAUGAAGACCCACCUUCAGGCCAUGGCAGGCAGUCAGGUGUCACUGGCUCUGAGGCUGCCUGAUGUGCUAAAGGAGAAAACACCUCAAAUUUCGUCGCUAGCAAGGCAGAUCCCAGGGAGGGCCCCUCGUCCCUGGGGAAGCAAUGAGUCAAACAGCAUGGCAUCUUGUCGAGACCGUGUGCCCAGGUGCAGGGAGAACACAGUAUCGGAGGAUCUGUGUCUGUGGAGUUGGUCAGGAAAGACUUCUGAUCCUAGAACUUUCCAGAACUUCACCUCAGGUUAUUCCUUUUUACAGUUUCAGAGUAUCAGCCCAUUUAAGGGAUUUGAAGGUAACACAGAUUAGUGAUGACAUAAACCUAGGUUGGGCUGAACGGGACCUAUAUCAACAGGUCUCUGCCCAUUGCCCCGACCUCUCCCUGUGGGCUGCAUGGAGUCCCUGGGGGAUGGAGGUGCACUUCUCAGUGGUCACUCAUUUUUGCUUUGUGUUUGGACGCCUUCUGCUUCCUUCAUUAUCCAUACCUUUCCUCUCAGCACUCAGGGAUCCCCUUCUGUACCACUCCAUUCACCCCUGCAUCUUCUGACUCGAGGAUAGUGACCCACCCACAUGUCCAUGUCAUCAGAGCGCCGGGAGAGGAGAGAAUGUUCAAUGGAACAUACUGAAAACCCCUCAAUCUCAUUUUGGCCAAUAGUACAACCUCCCUCUCCCGCACAUUCUCCUAAGAGUAUGGUGGGCUUACCCUUCCCUUGUUUCUCCGGCUCAGCUUUAUAUGGUGAUGGGUCUGCAGGACGAGGACAGACCAAAGGCUAGAGCAGGUCAAGGGCUUGGAGAGCCACGUACCAGGGAUCCAGUCUGAAUCACUGGAACUUGACUGUACUUUCCCCUUUACCCUGAACAAUGAUUAAAGUUGGGCCUGAAUCAAGAAGGUUGACUUUACUUAUUUUGUCUCUUUACACUGUCGUAGGCUGGAUACUUAUUUUUGUCUGAUACGGUUUCAGCAAAACAUCAACCUGGGGCCCCACCGGCAUCACACGGAGCCCAGUACCUGUCAAACUGUCCGACAGCAUUCACCUGGAGUGUUCUCAGCCCCGUAUGGCCCACACAGGGAAGCCCAGCUCCUUCCCCAGUGACUUGCAGUCUAUCGGGAAAACUAGAAAAUUACCUAAAGAGCCCCUGCCUGAGGCCUCCUCAUGGAUGAGUCGAACGUGACGUCAUUCGUUGAUGAGAGGUCCACGAACGCCUCCACCGCCAGGAAUACCUCUGCCGGGGACCUGCGUCGGGAAAUCCCAGUUGUGCACUGGGUAAUUAUGAGCAUCUCCCCUCUGGGCUUUGUCGAAAAUGGAAUCCUCCUCUGGUUCCUCUGCUUCCGGAUGAGAAGAAAUCCCUUCACGGUCUACAUCACCCACUUGUCUAUUGCAGACAUCUCGUUGCUCUUUUGUAUUUUUAUUCUGUCUGUUGACUAUGCUUUAGAUUAUGAGCUCUCUUCUGGCUAUUACUACACGAUUGUCACAUUAUCAGUGACGUUUCUGUUCGGCUACAACACGGGCCUCUAUCUGUUGACGGCCAUUAGUGUGGAGAGGUGCCUGUCUGUCCUGUACCCCAUCUGGUACCGAUGUCAUCGCCCCAAGCACCAGUCGGCGUUUGUCUGUGCCCUCCUGUGGGCGCUUUCGUGCUUGGUGACCACCAUGGAGUACGUCAUGUGCAUUGACAGUGAAGGGCAGAGUCACUCUCGAAGUGACUGCAGGGCAGUGAUCAUCUUCAUUGCCAUUCUGAGCUUCCUGGUCUUCACUCCCCUCAUGGUGGUGUCUAGCACCAUCCUGGUGAUUAAGAUCCGAAAGAACACGUGGACGGCCCAUUCCUCGAAGCUGUACAUAGUCAUCAUGGUCACCAUCAUUAUCUUCCUCAUUUUCGCCAUGCCCAUGAGGCUCCUGUACUUGCUCUAUUAUGAGUAUUGGUCAGCCUUUGGGAACUUGCACCAUAUUUCUCUUCUUUUCUCCACAAUCAACAGCAGCGCCAACCCUUUUAUCUACUUCUUCGUGGGCAGCAGUAGGAAGAAGCGGUUCAAGGAGUCCUUAAAAGUGGUUCUGACCAGGGCUUUCAAAGAUGAAAUGCAACCCAGGCACCAGGAAGACAAUGGCAACACCACCACAAUUGAGACCGUGGUCUGAGGAUGGUGGCGGAAAACCGUGGACAAAAAUGGUGGGGCACAGAUAAUUUGUACUUUGUGCUUGGAAUACUGCUUAAGUAUGUCCUAAAUAUGACACAGAAGGACACCGCAUCCCAUAUGCAUGAGAUACUCAUUAACGAUAAGACCGUAUCCUUGUACUGUAUCUUCUGAAAAAGCCUAAAAAUGUGUUGGACCUCUCUCAUUUCUGUACCUAUAAAAAAAUCUUGGUUCCUCCUCAGCUCUUCCAGCAACAUUUCCCAUAAACUGUAGAAAUUACUCUAGCAGGAAGGUGUGCAGGUGAGUACUGGAAAAGGUAACAAAAGCAUUUGUUGGAACUUGAGAAGGUGGAGUCACGUAGCAGGAAGAACAUGGGCUUUGGAGUCAGAUCGACUCUGUCAUUUGCUGCCUGGGGACCUCAGACAAGUGGUUUGACCUCUAAGAGCCUCUUGUCCUCACUUAUAAAAUGUUUAAUAGUAAUAGUCCAUCCCUCCCAGCCUUGUGGUGAGGAUGAAAUGGGGAGAUGCGGUAUGCUGAGCACUUGGCACAUUGUCAACCCUCAAUAAACAUUAGUCUUUCCUCCUUGAAGUGCAAGAAGAAAGACAUACUUCUGUUUUGUAACUUGCGCAUGUGUGCACGCAUGCAUGCACACACAGCUCUACCGUGUACAAAUAUUGUUAUGUGUUUUCCAAUGUUGAAUGUACAUCUAUGAAGGUCUUUCUGCUUGAAGCAUGAAAGCUUUUCACGGAACAACACCUCUGCUGGAAGCAUCUGCAGAUGUUACAACAUCCAACCAUCCAUGUGUCAGAGCAUUAUUUCAGGUUGUGAAGAAAAACAUUUGGCCACCAGUAGAGGAGUUUCUCAUGGCUCUUCCUUCCCUCUGUCGGAAUGCUUGGUGUAAUGAAAGUCUGCUUGGAAAUCCUUUGCUUGACAUAAGUUUUCAUGAAUGGAACUUAAUUCCCAAGUUUGUGAGGGUGACUGUGUUUUUGGAGUUUCCCCUCCUGCCCCCAUGAAGUGAUGGGUUAUUUACAGCCACAAAGUUCUGCGCCUUGAACCCUUUUUCCUCAUGAGCAUUUCUUCGCGGUAGUCCUGGGAGGAGGCCACGCAGCAGGGGCUGAUGAGAGUUUUGGUCACAUCUUGGAGGGGACCCGGGCAUUUUUCCCAAGAAAAUCUGUGCCGGACUUGGUCAAUAUCUUAGUGCUCUGCUGCUCGCCUGCCAUGACUUAUGUCUGAGUCUUCAGACAGCAUGUCCUGGGUCUUCCCUAGGAAACACAUCAUGGCCCAUAGACCAUAUUACUAUGUUUCAUUUCCUUCUGCCCCUUCUAGGUGCUCCACGAAAAUGACAAUGCUUUGUGUGGUCCUAGGGGAGUAAAAUGUUCAUGCCUAUAAAUGAACCCAUUAGGAUUUAUCUUAACCGUUUGUCUCCAAAGGGCCAGAGACUUUUUAGAAGUAAUGUCCAUUUCUUCUCCAUCCUGACUUUCGAAAAGAAUGAUCACCUGUGAUCUGAUCGGGGUGGGGGGGGGCACUGAUCAGGGUGGGGGGCAGCUUCAUUGAGGGAGAUGUGCAAGUCUCUCCCACCCAGCCGAGUUUGGAGGCAGGCGGCUCUUCAGUGGGUGAUGAUAUCUGAUUCAGAAACCAGGCAGCUUGCUUUCAGGAGCCCAGAUGGGUGUGGAGUGCUGACAUUUAGAAUGAUCUUGUUUUUGAUGGAAAACAGAGCAUCUUCCUUGGGAAAGAACAGAAUAUGGAGGUCAGAGCGGCCCUCUGUUUGCCACCAUCCCCCUGGUGCUGCGCUGGCCUCUGAGGUAGGAAAAAGGAAUCAGCCUCAUCUCAUCUCAAAGGGAUCUUUGGUCUCAAGGAGGAACCUAAAGACUCCUGGGAAACAAGGACUUUUCACCCAUGGAAAAUACAGUGAACUCAUGAGAAGCUCCACUGAUUGCCUUCCUGCAGAUAAAGUGGGGAAAUUGAAUGUGAUCAUAAAUAUAAAAAUUCUUCUGGAUUUUUAAAGAACAAUGCCUUCCAAACAGGACACUAGGUGUGCUUCUCAGUAUGCUUGAGCGUCUGGCCCACCGAUGGGCCCCAAGCCAAUGGUGUUGAUGACAAGGAAUGAAGACAAACUCGUUGCUCUGGGGCGUGUCCCACUGGUACCGUCUUCUGUGUGAGCGCAGACAUGGGGCUCAUUAAACAAGCCCUCUCACAAUCCGUGUGGUCUCCCCGGCAGCAGCCCUACACGAUCUCGGCGGAGCCGUUGCAGAUGGCCAGAGGGAGACCAUUUUGCGCUUUGUGGGCCAUACAGUUUGUGUUGCAAUGACUCAACUCCGUCCCUCUUUGUAUGAAAGCAGCCACAGAUGAUAUGUCAACGAGUGAGCAUGGCUAUGUUCCAAUAAAACUUUAUUUACAGAUACUGAAAAUUGAAUCUCGUGUAAUUUUCAAGUGCCAUAAAAAUGUAUUUUUUCUUCAACCAUUUGAAAAUGUAAACAACUACUGUUAGUUUGUAGGCUGUAUAAAAAACAAGUGGCAGCUGGCUUUGGUGGCCGCGGUGCUUUGCCACGGCUGACCUAGAGUAUUCUGGGAUUCCCUCUUCUGGAAUCGCUUUUAAUGCGGCCGAAGCACAGCCAUCUACAAUCCUGACCUCAGUGGUGGCAAAUCUUCACUGUGCCCUGAGCAUCUGACUUUGCAAAAGGACCAGCAGACACCUCGACUCAAACCUGAUGGAUGAAAUUGGCAUAAAUGUCUAAAGAAAAGCAGUCGUCAGUGGUGUAAGGAAUGGAAAGUUCUGGGGUUUUAUGGAGGAGACUCCACAUCAGAUGGAGUUUGGCCAGGUUGCUGCUAUUGACAUUGCUCCCUACCCCUAUCACCUGGACACCCCCCGGACGCUGAGCUACCGCUGCCUGCUGCCCCCACACGCCACUACCAUGAUGCUUCAGUCACAGAUUUGUCUGUGCAAAGUCCAAGGCGAGAGCACAGCUGGAAACACCAUGUACAUAUUCACAUCCUGCCUUUGCGCCACUCCCUUCCCUUGUGGGACCCGAGUUGCUACAUUCCAAAAAUGCUACACAUAAUGGGACACUCAAGACCGCCCAGCUGCCAUAGCUCGGUAGUUACAGUUAAACUUCAUGGAAGAAAUGAACUUGGGACCAUGCCAAUGUUCCCAUUUCAGGUUUCAAAGGAGGGUUCUGCGUUAAACUGAGCUGCCCCUGCCUACAAACAAGACAAGAAGAUCCCAAGGAGUGGAGAACAUAACGCUGGGACCUGGAUCCUGUUUUUAGGGAGCAUCUGGAAAUUCCCGCUUGAGGGUCAUUUUUCACCUGGUGGUUGUUCCUCCUGAAAAUGAGUCCUAUAGUCCUGUCCCUUGAAGGAAGCAAAUGACAUAAAUGUUCCAGAGCAGAACCUGACAAGUUGGAGGGUACAGCAUGAAAACAUAUGACAGAUGGGGUUGGAAACAUGAAGGGCAGUUCUAUGGCAUCUUGAGAGUAGGGGAGAAAUUAGACCAUAAAACAUAAGGCUAAAGGACGUGACAAAAUACUUGAGCAAUGAACUAAGAAGAAGGACAUUGGUUUGAGAAAGAUAAGAAUUAACAGUACACAAAGUUAUGAAAAAAAUGAAUUCUGUAAUAAUUAGCAGGAAUCUAUAUCUUCUUUCAUCAAAAAGCUUAAAUGAUUUGAAAUGAAAUUAAAAAAAUGUAUGGACCCCAUCUCUCUUCCCCGUUUUUGGAGUGCCUUCCUUUUCCAGAAUGAUCCAGACCAGGCCCAUCCACUGUUCUAUCUUCAAGCCUCUGGCGAAGCCUCAUCUUCAACAGCUUUUGUCCCUCAAGAACUGUUGGAUGAACGAACAAAGAAAGCUUUCAGAUAAAAAACUAAUAAACUCUUUCCCCUUCUGUGUGCUCAGAUUCUCUGCUUUUGAAAAUUCCUUUGGUGCAACCAUGACAUCCACCUUUGACCGACUGACACCUCUACCAGCCACCACCCUGCAUUUUCACUUUACCACACUCUUGCAAUUAAUAUUUUGUCACUCAUGCUACAUAAUAUAUGUGUACUAUAUCAUAUAUAGUUUAUUUGGUGUGUUUUUGUAUAAAAAUUAUAUCAUAUUCUAUGUGGUUUCCUGCAAAAUUUUUUCCCUCAGCAUUAUGUUGAGGGAAUUCACCUACGCUGUUGUGUGUAGUGUACUCCAUUUAUUUUGACUGCUGAA